AUGCGCACCGGCGCCCACCCGGAGUUAGAGCAAGCGCUGCUCAUCUGGAUUCGGGAGGCUCGAAGCAACAGACUUCCUCUCAGCGGUGAUAUCGUUGCAGCGAAAGCGUCAUCGCUUGUGAUUAUGCUAGGAAUCGAGAACUUUGCUUCGUCCGAUGGGUGGCUCACACGGUUCAAGCAGCGCCAGGAUAUGGUGUUUAAAAGCGUUAACGGGGAAAAGGCUGCCAUCAACGCUGAAACAUGUGAUACGUGGAGGGAAAAUCAGCUUUGUAAAUACUUGGGAGUAUAUCGGCCGGAAGAUAUCUUCAGUCCCAACGAGACAGCACUUUUUUACAGAAUGUUGCCCGAGAAAACGCUGACCUUUAAGGACGAUGACUGUGCUGGAGGGAAGCGUAGCAAAGAAGAGUGUCGGUGCUGA